AAGCUUCAACGCGAAGGAACUUAUUCGCCCACUCAAAUUUUACAAAACCCUAAAAAGAUAUAGUAAUAAAAACAAAAAGAGAGAUAAAGGGAGAAUGUGAUGAGGGAAAAAUAAAAAUUAAACAAGCUAAAGUUCCUCUCUUCUUUAAUUCCUUCGUCUUCUUUCUUCUUUUUCCUCUCUUUCUCUUUGUUGAAUGCUCUGGUAUUCCCUUCUUCUCUCUUUAUUGUGAUUCUCCCCCCAUAUAUUUCCAAAAAACCCAUCAACCUUUAUUAAAGAUAAAGAGUAAAGACAUCAAAGAAAAAGAAUUGAACCAUGGUUUUCUCUUCUUUUCCAGUCUAUUUAGAUCAUCCUAAUUUGCACCAGUUACAACAACAGCCUGAUCAUCAGCAAGGAAACCCUGGCCUUGACAAUCCUCAGCUUCCGCCUCUCCUGCCACCCACUCAGAUGGGUGGCGGGCUGGGCUCGAUCAGGCCCGGUUCUAUGGUCGAUCGAGCCCGGAUGGCCAAGCUUCCGCUUCCAGAAGCUGGCCUAAAGUGUCCAAGGUGCGAAUCCUCGAAUACUAAGUUCUGCUACUACAACAACUACAACCUUUUGCAGCCACGUCAUUUCUGUAAGAACUGCCGCCGUUAUUGGACGAAAGGGGGUGCCUUGAGAAACGUGCCGGUGGGAGGCGGCUGCCGGAGGAAUAAAAGAAGUAAAAGCAGUAACAACAACAAUAACAACUCAAAAGCAACAGGAGGAGGGCAAAUGGGUAAUUCUAAUACUACAACAAGGGCAAGUCCUUCAAGUUGUAGCAUGGAAAUGACUGGACACCACUUUUCACAAGCAUCUACACAAUUUACACCCCUUAUGGCUGCUUUCCAAAACCUAAAUAAUUAUGGAGGAUUUCAGCCUCCUCUUGGUGAAAUGGGAUUUCAGAUAGGGAGUACUAAUAAUAGCAACAAUUUAUUGCCAUCUUUGGCAGCUAACUUUGAGCAUCAUCCAACAAAUUUGUACCCUAAUUUUCAAGCUGAUCAAGGUACUAGUAUUGAAGCAUCAAACGGGGUUUCUCAAGUGAAAAUGGAGGAUAAUAAUCGACAAGGGAUGAAUUCAACCAAACAGUUUUUGGGUACUCUUGAAAAUAAUCAAUAUUGGGGUGGUGCAAAUGCAAAUUCUUGGACGGGAUUUUCUACUCUCAAUAACUCAUCUACAACCAGCCAUCUUCUAUAAUCAUAUGUUAACUUCAAAUCUUGAAGCUUCUCACGUUGUUCAGUUCUCAAGCUAAAGUGGAAAUGACUCGUGGAUGGUAAUUAACUUCAAAAUAAUCAGCCCUAAUGUUAGAUGAAAGUGAAGAUUCCCUUAAAGGUUCUUGCCAGUGGCGGAGCCACAGUGCUGGCUAGCUACGGAUUCAACAAAACUCAUAAACUAAAAGUUCUAGCUCCGCCUCUGAUUCUUGUCUCAUCAUGACCGUGUUGUUGUCGAGGAGCAAUCAGUGAGAUGCAUGGUAGGUUUUGUUUUGGAUUGCUCUAAAUUAAAUAUAUCUUUGUGAUGUUUGUUUCUUUACUGUGUUGUAAUUUUUUUGGAGGUUCUUUUACGAUGUAUGUGAAGUUAUGUGAGUUUGGUAUCUGA